GCCAUGCUGUGCGCCAUUGUCCGUGGUCUUUCCACCGGCCACAAGUUGGCCCUGUACCGUUCCGUGUCCGAGCUCCUCGGCCCUAGUCACGAUGUCCGGUGCCUGCCCGCCGGAAGACGGCAGAGGCAGCGGUUGCGGCAGCCACAGCUCCAGAGCCCAGCCCAUCGUCAAGAUCUACUCUCGCUUUCCCGGGCUGCAGAGAGUUCUAAAUUAUCAGUGCGAAGCCUUCAUUCGGAUCACGACGCCAUGUUCUACUCAAUGUAUGCCUACCUGUCCAACCUGCCACGCCUUCAUGUCCUGGGCAAGGCGGUGGUGGCCUUUGUGGUCUAUUACCUAAUCCAGGUGGUCAAGCGACCGAGUCUGCUGAGCUCCAAGAGUCUGCCGCACGUCAACUACCGCCGCGAGAUCCUAUCCCUGAAGGAUGGCGGCGAGGUGGCCCAGGACUGGAUGGAGGAGGGCUGCAACGCGAGCUCUCCGUGUAUCUUGCCCGCACACUGCAAGCUGGGAGCCACUGGAAUCUCCAUGGGUGGCUUAAUUCUGGGAAACUAUCUAGCCCGCAGGAGCGAAAAGACCAGGAGCUUCCUGUCGGCGGUAAAGAUCAUGUCGGUGCUCUGGGACGUGCACAAGGGCAGUGCCAGCAUCGAGAAGCCGUACAUGAGCCGCCUGUUCACCGAGUACUUCACCAAGGCGUUGUUCGACGAGGACGGCGAGUUCGAGCAUACAUCCAACAAGAUGCACGAGCGAUUCCUGGCCAAGCAGACGGUGGCGCUGGCCUUCUCGACACCAGUGCUGCUCGCCAAGAAGAUGGAAGCCGAGUUGGACCACAAGGUCAAGCUGAUGUGA